GGAACAGGCCUCUGGUGAGUCUUACCAGUUAUAUGUGUGCGUACUCUACUUGGUUUAGGUGGGAGUAUUUGGUUUCAGUUAUUGUCAAACACAGUCACAAUCUUUGAUUAGUAAUGAUACCUUUUAUUUAUGUUGCAAGAUACAGACUGAACAAAUGUUUGUUUCAUUUCUGCACACUCACGGUUUAUUGUUUAGCUCCACCAUUCAGGACUCCGGUUUGGGAGGGGGCCGCCCAGCACUUCCUGAUUUUAUGGUGGAGGUGAUGUCAGAGAUGACAUCAUGGGUUGAACCAAGUGGGUGGGGGGGUACUGUGUGUAUUCAUGUAUGUCUCUGUUGCAUCGGAUGGUUGAGAUCACCCGCAUCUUGGUUUGGGCGGUCUGAAGAGGGCUAGGGGUAGGGGACCCACCCUAUAAAGCCAGUGAAGGAUUGCUUGAUUGGGGGGAAGGUUGUGCUUGAACUAGGUAAUUUUGUUUUGGUUAAUUAUGAUUUGAACCUGCUAAGUAUUUUGUUUUUUUGCUUCUGUUUCUGUUGGUUCGUGGAACCUCUUUAUUAAAUACUCAAUGUAUGCAAAUCUUCUGAGUCCACCGAGUCUGCUUCCCUUCCACUUUUCUGGACGCUUGAGCCACACUACCCUACAAAUGGUGGCAGCGGUGGCUCCAGGCCAGUAGGAGGCGGCAAUGCAGAAGUCGGCGAGAGCGAAGAAGCCGAUGGAUGGGGCAAGACAGGAGGUCCUGGAGGAUGUUGACCAGCGAGGUGCGGGUGGUGGCCAACCUUUAUGUUCACUCAAUUUGGCUGAAUUUUCUACCCUGGUACGGGUCAUGAUGCAGCAACAAACUUCCCGGGAUGCAAACUUGGAGCAUGACAGACAGGUGCAGGAGGAGCGCUGGAGGAGAGUCCAGCACCAAUUUGCCCAGCUCCAGCAGGAGGUACAAGCAGAUCGCCUGGAGCGCCAGCAGUUGAUGGAAGGUGCAGCCGCUGACCCCGGUGCUGUGUUGGAAAAGUAUGAGAUAAGCCCUGAGACUUACCAAAUGAGGUUCCGCUCUGCUUCGGUCAGAGACAAUGAGAGCCCCAAGGAAUUGCAGACACUCUUGAGAGACUUGUAUGACAAAUGGAUAGUGCCAAAAGAGAAAACGAAGGAACAAAUAGGGGAUGUGAUCGUGAUGGAGCAGUUUCUGAGAGUCCUCAACCCUGACUUUUGCACCUGGAUAAAAGAGCGUAACCCAACCACUCCGAAGCAAGCUGCGGAACUGGCAGAAGCUUUCCUCGCUGCCCGACGGCCAGUGAAAGGUUAUGUCACUAACAGAUCCAGUCCAGGCUCUGCAUUGGCUGGGACAACAGUGGGUGGGAAUGAACAGAGGUUCAGGGACCCAGGACAAGGUUACCAAACUGCAACCGGGAGCCAAGCUAGGGACUUUAAGUCCAGGGGGUCAGCACAGUGUCACUUGUGUGGGCGUACAGGUCACUGGAGGGCAGAAUGUCCAGGCCAGCAGGUUAGUAAGACAUAAGAGCUUUUCACCAGUCUUUGGAAGUUCAGCAGAGGGAAGUUGAGAUGGUAAAACCUAGUGACCAAGAGCUUACCACUUGUGUUUUUAUUGGAGACAAGCCGUGUGUUGCUCUAUUAGAUUCAGGGAGUAACCGUACUUUUGUCAGACAAGAUUGUCUUACAUUUUACAUUUAGUCAUUUAGCAGACGCUCUUAUUCAGAGCGACUUACAGUAAGUACAGGGACAU